UUUGCGCUACGAGAACUUUCACAACCACAACCACAACCACGGCCACGGCCACCGGCAGGGCUCUGCAGAUCUCACAUCCCACCACCGUGUACCUGCCCAACAACACCUUGACGGGCCCUCACAUGAACCAUUAAUUCAAGUUCUUCCCCUUCCAGCUGCCGCCGCCGGACGGUACAGCCCUCAUUCCUUCCUCACUUCUGCACUUGGGUCGCCCCAGAAGUCCCCUCGUUCCCAUUAUGAGAGAUCCGUACCCAUGGUGUUGCGAGAUCACUCCACUUCUUGGUGCUAAUCCGGUUCUCUCCUCGAGAGUGCAAUCAUGGCCGAAUUCAUAAGUGUCCUGCAAGAGAUAAAGCAAUUACCGCCGGGACAGCAUCUCUUUUGCCCACGACAGAACGAUGAUGACCAGGACCGAUACGAAGAUGAGCGGAACCCCGGUGUUGCAGGAGAGGGUGCAGUUGAUCCAGAUCGACUGGCCAGGAUUGAAGAGACCAAGCUCCGCCGAAAGAAGUUCAUGACCUCGUUACAGCUUUUGGCUUACGAUGGACGAGAAAGUGAACAAUAUCAACGCUUCAUUUGGGAAACUCUUGAUCACACUUUGGGCAAGUGCGAUAUCUGCAUCCGCGAGUACUACGUUGCCAAGGUGGAUUUUGCAGCCUCGCUAAGAGAAGACUAUGAAGGGGAAGAUAUCCAGAACUUCUUUGAAAUCAUCAAUAGGCGGGACAUCCAGCGAAUACUCCAAGGACUUGAUGGCGCUACCAAAACCCUCAGCGAGGUUCCGGAGCAGAAGAGAGGGACUGCAGUGCUCAGCCAGAAAGAUCUGCACGCCUUGUUUGAGGCAUUGGUCUGUGACCCCUUCUUGCGGAACGAAGAUCUCCUCCAGAAGCACUUCGAUCCACCGUUCAAGAUGAUUCAGGCCAAGAAACCGCUUAAGAUGCGAGAGAUCUUACCCGCCUCGAUUAAGUUCCUCUUUGAUUCCGUGCCAGUUCGCGUUGGAUGGGCAACCUUGAUCUGGAACCGAGUUGAUCGAUGUCCAACCGACCUCGAAUGGGAUUGGGCCAUGAAGGAUUACAUCCAGACAAAACUCCAACACGCCUACGAGCCCGGCGACAUCACCAAACUAUGGAGCGCCUUGAAGUUGAUUAUCAGCAAACUCGACGAGCGAAUGAUCACAUACAAGCUCUUCGAUCUCCACCCAAACCUCUGCACUACGGCGCUCAAUCAUUUCGCCAAACGCUCGCAGGCCGUCCCUUUCAUCUGUCAAUCAAUGAAAAUGAUCUUGGACACAGCCCCCGCCGCCUUCUGGCAAGCAAUGGGCUCGAUUUCCUCCCAAACCAUUGUCGAACAGGUAUUUGCAAGUCCUCAGUUCAACAAAUGUCUGCAGGACUCGGCUUCAAAUCCGGAGUCCAAAGAGCUAGACGUCUUGUCAUGGAUUCCCUCGCUCCUGGACUCGCUGAAGCCUGCCAACCGUCCGGCUGCCUCGCAAACGAUUGUCAGUCAAUUGUUCGAACGAAUCGAUAAUGACAACCUGAGUCUGGCAGCUAGGACUGCAUGUUUCAACAUGGUUGUCACGGUACUCCUUACCACCAUCAUUAGCUUCUCAGACAAUGAGAAAAAUCGUCGGUCGGUGGAGCGGCUGGUUCUGCUGGACACGUUGAGUCUUAUUGGGCAUCGACUGGACGAGAUCCUGAAACCCAAAAAAUCGGAUCUGGCAAUGAACUUGAGCAAGGAGACAAAGGAGGACAUAGCGAACAUCGUCAAGAACUCGAUCGCUCUCGAAUGUCAAUGUUUGAAGUCAGAUUUCGAGACUCUAGUCCGCAAGGAGCCGCUGCGGCACGGUUCGAGCUCUUACACUCCCGAAAUCUGGACCGCCGUAAUCAAUAAUUUGAAGGAUGACGAGCCUGAACUAUCCGCAGCCGCACUUAUCGGUAUCAUGCCACUACCCGGCCUUGAGCAAUUUCGCAUACGAGAAGGCGAACCUCUGGCAAAAGAUAAGAAGUCUUUUAAUUCAAUCUUUGAAAAGUUGACGGGCAUGGUAGCUCGACUUCUGGAGCGCAUCUCAGAGUUCAAGCCGGACCAUCUGGACUACUUAUUCAGAGCCCAGAACACCAGCAUGUCUCUGAUAGCUGCAUUGUUCUCGCCCGACAAUAGCACCUAUCAAGCAGCAAUUGAAGUGGUGAAGAAUAUCAGCGGGGAAUUUGGGCGGAAGGAAGCCCUGGCUCAUCUGAUCGAGGCCUUCCUCGGGAUUACCAUAUAUGGGAUCUGUUGGACGUUCCGACGGAUAGCCAAUUACAGGACCUUUUCCUCUGUACCCCGAAUGCUCAAAAAUGGCAUGGAGAUCCUCGAUGUGCUUUGCAACCCGACGAACGGACAAUUGCGGGCAGCCAACAUUACCUCCCGAGAUGCUGCGGCCGUCCAGAACUAUUGGUCUUACCAGUGGCUCCUCCUUCAAGUGAUUUUCAGCCAGACUGAACGGUGGUCGCUAGAGGUUCAUGACAAAGAGAAGAUGAUAGAGGUCUGCAGAGAUGCCAUGCAAUAUGCCGAGGCACUCUUUGACCAGUACGAUCUUUUCGCGAGCGUCUUGACGAAAUCCAGACCACCAGAAAAAGCCCAGGAAAUCCCCAAGCAGCUCCUUGAUUCAAGAGACACGGGUCUCGGAUCUCCUUUGAAUACGUUGGAUGCGAUGGCGAAAUGGUUGAGACUUAGAGACGAGUAUCUCGCCGAUACCUUGGUAUCACUCAUUACCAACAUGCUAUAUCGCUUGAAACAGCAUCAAGCAGUAGUGACGGAGAGCGAAGGUCUCGCUUACGUUCAGGAAGUUGCAACGACGCAUUCCGUCAAAACCAUCCUCUCUGCAUCUCAGAAGGCCAGGCUCGUGCGAGCCUUGGAGCACUACCUUGACCGCCAGAUUGAGAGGCCAAUGCCCAAGAGACAGGCGAAGCUCAAUCUGAAGGACUGGACAGAGACGGCUGUUUCCCGAUUAGGAGGCUCCGCGACUGACUCACGGGACGUGAGUACGGAUGAGUUUGGCGACGAUGACAUUGCAGACGAAGACUUGAUCAAGAUCGAGAACAAAACUCUAACACAAAAAGGCUUGAUCUCCACAAAGGACAAAAAUAAGAUUAAGCCCUUGCUGUCAAAACAACAACCUAAACCAGCAAGGACGGCUCCAGUGUCCACAGCUGAGGUUGAGGCGAAGAAAGCCCAGCAAGCGCGAGCCUUUAUCGAAAAUCGUAGGCGCGAAGAAGCUGCUAGGAAACUCAGAGACAAAGAAGCUGCUGCGCGGUUAAGAGGCAAAGUCGGCAUUGGCGAGCAGACUAGUGGUCAAGGCUCGGGCUUAGCAGGCGUCGGUGUGAUAGGCAAAGAUCAUUCCGCGGGUACAAGCAGUCUGAUGGUGUCGUCGGAAUCCGAGUCCGAAUCCGAUUCAGAUGAUGAGCUAUUUGGCUUGACUUCAAAGGCCGGACCGACAGUGCGUGACCAAGGAGGACUGAGGAAACCUGUGGUCGCUGGGCCAGUGCGCAAAAUCAAGCAGGUCCGGUCACAGAAGGAUGUUCGAGCUCGGUUGGCACCAGAUCUCAGUGAUCUACACCGCACAAUCCUCAGCUGGGACUUCUUCGCAGACACCGACCUGCCCCCGAACUCGGCAAAGGAUGACUACACUCUUGUGACCAACACUUUCCGAAACGCCCUGGAUUACCAGAAGACCUUCGAACCGCUUUUAAUACUUGAAGGCUGGCAAAGUUUCCGACAAGCUCGCGAGGAGGGCAACUUCAAGCCUUUCGAGGUGAAGGUUGCCAACUCCUUGAUCGUGGACAACUUUGUUGAAGUGAAUUCCGCGAUGUCUUUCGCGGAGGGGAAGGACUUAAGUAUCGGUACCUCGGACGUGGUGUUGCUGUCGAAAUCCUCAACUCCGGACCAGGAUCCACAGCAGCCGCAUUGCUUAGCACGGGUCAAGGAGAUUUCCAGGAAGAAGGGCGAAGUUCAAAUUGUUUACCGGGUCAACGCGUCAAACAACCCCUUACGCUCGUAUCUGAACGACAAGACCACGAUCUAUGGCGUGCAGAUAUCAUCUCUAACGCCACUGGAGAGAGAAUAUGGCGCGCUGAUGGCCUUGCAGUACUACGACCUCUGCGAGGAGAUUAUCCGUGCUAAACCAUCACCAAUACUUGAUUAUCCGGAUUCAGUGCUUGCGCCAUUGCAGAAGACGUACGAGGUGAACAAAGCCCAGGCAAAAGCAGUCAAGUCCGCCCUCGAUAACGAUGCCUUCACUCUGAUCCAAGGACCUCCCGGUUCGGGAAAGACCAAGACCAUCUGCGCCCUGGUUGGUGCGAUGAUGACAGGCUUUAUCAAAAACUCCGACGGUAAAGGUGUGCGGUUGAAUGCAGCGACCGGUCGUCCGAGCCCUGCACCACGAGCAAGCAAAAAGAUCCUCGUCUGUGCCCCGAGUAAUGCGGCAGUUGAUGAGUUGGUCAUGCGAUUGAAGCUGGGUGUUACCACACUCGAUGGGCAAUUUGAGAAGCUGUCCGUGGUUCGACUUGGACGAACCGAUGCCAUAAAUGCCGGUGUCAAGGACGUCACCCUGGAGGAGCUGGUGAAUGCUAAGCUCAACGUCGCAGCACCGAAAGAUCCCAGAGAAGAUAUCCACUCUGUGAUGAUGGAACACAAAGCGGUAUCCGAAGAGUUAAAUGCGCUUCGUGACCGCAUCACAGAACAACGUGGCAAGGGAAUACCCGUUCCUACUGCCGAUGAACAGCUCAUGGAUGCGCUGAAGCGGAAGAAGAACGGACUCGGGUCCAAGAUUGACGAGAUGAGAGAACGUCAAAACACCGCAUCCCGUGACAUGGAGCUCAGCCGGAAGAGAAUCCAACAGGAAAUCCUUGAUUCGGCCCAUGUCCUUUGUGCCACUUUGAGCGGGAGUGGUCACGAAAUCUUCCAGAGUCUCAACGUCGAGUUCGAAACAGUAAUCAUCGACGAGGCCGCCCAAUCCAUUGAGCUGUCGGCACUGAUCCCUCUCAAGUAUGGAUGUUCAAAGUGCAUUUUGGUGGGUGAUCCAAAACAACUGCCGCCGACAGUUCUUUCGCGGGAGGCAGCCAAGUUCCAAUACGAGCAAAGUUUGUUCGCUCGCAUGGAAAACAACCAUAAAAAGGAUGUGCACCUCUUGGACACACAAUAUCGUAUGCACCCUGCCAUCAGUCUUUUCCCCAGUAAGACAUUCUACGACUCGAGACUCAAGGAUGGUGCGGACAUGGCCAAACUCCGACGGCGACCGUGGCAUCAGAGCGAUCUUUUUGCCCCGUAUCGCUUCUUUGACGUGCAAGGAAUGAGUCAAGCUGCCCCCAAGGGACAUUCGUUGGUCAAUAUUGCCGAAUUGAAUGUGGCCAUGCAACUCUAUGAUCGCUUGGUGAAGGACGUCCCGAAAUAUGACUUUGCGGGCAAAAUUGGUGUUAUUACGCCUUACAAAGGCCAGCUGAAAGAGCUCAAGUUGCGGUUUACACAACGAUACGGCCAGGACAUCACUUCCAAGAUUGAAUUCAAUACCACAGAUGCUUUCCAAGGUCGAGAGAGCGAGAUUAUCAUCUUCUCGUGUGUGCGAGCAUCGACUCACGGUAUCGGUUUCUUGAACGACAUUCGGCGUAUGAACGUGGGCCUCACUCGAGCCAAGUCUUCCCUUUGGGUGCUGGGAAAUUCGCAGUCACUGAUGCAAGGCGAAUACUGGCGGGCAUUGGUCAACGAUGCAAAGGCCAGAAAUGUGUACACGCAUGGGGACAUCCUCGGCAUGCUGCGUCGCCCACUGUUGACAGAGGAUAUGAUGAAGGACGACAUCGACAUGAUGGAUGCGGAUGGGCCUGCGGCAGAUCCGGUAAAGCCGGCGCCUCCGUCACGACGAGAAUCGAAUGACCCGGCUGCAGUGCCCAAAAAGGCUGGCAAUGAUGCCGCACCGCCACGGUCAGGUCCACCCUCAAACCAGAGCACACCGCUGCCUUCCAGACCACAGAGCAGUCUCUCACGACGCUCAUCGACAUCAUCAGCUACCAAACAUGAGCUACCACCUCGGGAAUCGACGCAAUCCGAUCCUAGACGGAACGUCAACGCAUCGAGGAUGGAGGUUGACCGCGAGCAGAAAGCUCCUCCAAGCAAACUGCGGAUGGAUUCGAAUCUGCCAGAGCCUAAUAAGGGUGUUUACGGACCGUCAGGAGGCUGGAACGGGCUCAACGAUCUGGCCAAGUGUGCCAUUUGCGGAUCGGCCGAGCACUUCACCUUCAAUUGUGACAACGAAGAUGCCAAAGCUGCCGCCCUCGGCAACUGCCACCGAUGUUAUCAGCGCGGACACAGCUACACUAGCUGUACUGAGCCUCGAUGUCUGAGUUGCGGCGAAGUUGGACACGUCACUGACAACUGUAAAGCUCCGGCAGACAUGAGAUUGACGGAAGCCCAGCAGAAGGAGGUCAAGAGACAAGAACUUCGGUUUGGGGCGGCCCGGGACAAAGCGCGCGAACGUCGAGCGGAAAAGCAACUCGGUGAACAUGGAGCAAAGAUCCCAAUGGUGAAGAGCACCUUGCCACCAAACACACCGGUGGGACCAGCAGCGGAUAGAACGAGGACGAACACGAACCGCGACGGCACCACUAAUGCAGGAUCGGCGGGGAUGAUCAAGCGAAAGCGAAUAGACGAGUCCAGUGAUUCCGAUCGCGGCAAAGUACCUCGUAUGAACCAAGAUGGCAGGAGUCCUGCAUCAGCUGCCCACGGCAAUAACAACAAGAAUAACAUUGGUCUGAACACCAAGUCCCGUGUUGGAACCGGACCUGCUUACGGAUCUCGACCUGGAGUUGGAGGUGGAUCUCGAGAUGAUUCUGCUCGGUCUCAUGCUCAUCCUCCUUCUCGCCCUCCUCCUACCGGCCCUGCAGCAGCAGAAGCAAGACCAGGAGCAGGAGUUGGGAUGGGUCAGGGAGGAGGUGGUUUGCCUCGGCGCCCUCCGCCGCCCAUCCCUGCUCCUGGGUCUGGUGGUCCAGGUGGCCGCCCUAGUGGUGGAGGCAUGACUGGUCCCGGUCCCGGCCAGCCCAUGGUGCGGAAGAAAAAGGCAAAUGCCGCCGACAUGUUUGUGAAACGCAAGUGAAUAUGAAACUGAUCAAGGGCUUGUUUUUGGACGGUGCAAUUCGAUUGGAAUGAUUUGCAUUAGACAGCGAAAGGAGCGAGCAAGAUGCAGUGCAGCCGGUCAGUCAUGCAGCCCGCGAAUUUCGGCCCCGAGGGUGCCCGUUCUGAAAAUUGCUCCAAAAAUGGCUUUUGAGCAAUGAACAAUGAAUGGAACAUUGAACGAGGUAGAAAAUUCUUGGGAGAGCAAAUGGUUCUGCGACUACAGCUAGUUAUUGUAGCUCGCCACCAUGCAUGCAUAUAUACAUGAGUAUUCAGUAUAGACCUAAACAAUCAGAGCAGGGAUGAUGACACGAAAGAGAGACAGCUUGAAUAAAUGGCAUUUUAGUCGCGCGACUUACAGUAUACUGCUGGGUUGUGUUCAUCUAUACUACCGACCAUAUUGUAAACUAGACACGAUACAGUGGAAGGACAGGUACGACAAUUGGCGCUUCAUCCCAUCUUAGAAAAUGUGUUUCAG